AUCACGAUGGAGUGCUCACUCAGAACUGCCACUGUUGAUAAUUUGAAAUUUCAAUUUGUUUGAUUAGACGCAAUGAUUAAGACUAUUAUUAGAUAAAAGAAAAUGAAAAUGGAGAAGUAAAAAUAUACUACUAGCGGUGAAAUAAGAAACCCAACGGUCACUCUCUAGCGCAUUCAAGAGUCAAAACACUUCGAUCUCUCUUUCUCUCCUUCGUUUAUCUCUAUCUCUGAUUCGGAACCCUAAGAAAAUGGUGGAAUCGGAGCUAAGCUAUGAGCAGAUUCGUUUGAAUAGGGUGGAAGAGAACAAGAAGAGAAUGGGGGAGCUUAAUCUCAACAAGCUUGCUCAAUCUCUUCGCGUCUCUUCUUCUCCUAAGCCCUCUCCAUCAAAGACAAGGACGAUGCGUACCCCCGUGGAUUUCUCGGAGAUCAGGAGAUCUAGCCGUGCUAAGGGUCCACCUCCAAGUUACAAAGAGUUUGGGCUAGAACCACUGGAGAGGCCAAGAAGGAGCUGUCAAAGAAGAAAUCUGCUGAACCGGGUAUAUGCUUCGGACGAGGCAAGAAUGUAUGCAAUCGACAGGGCAGAGACGCUUCAGUCAAGCUUAGAUCCAGAAUUCCCUAGCUUUGUCAAACCAAUGCUUCAAUCACACGUCACCGGAGGAUUUUGGAUGGGCUUGCCGCUUCAUUUUUGCAAGACAUAUCUGCCAAAACGUGAUGAAAUGAUGACUUUAGUUGACGAGGAAGAUGAGGAGUUUGUGGCGAAAUACCUUGCGGCGAAGACCGGUCUUAGCGGAGGCUGGAGAGGUUUCUCCAUUGAUCAUCAGUUAGUCGAUGGAGAUGCUGUCGUCUUUCACCUUAUCGCCCCAACAACGUUCAAGGUGUAUAUCAUUAGGGUAAAUGAUGAUGAAAACAAUGAUUCAGAUGGGGAUGAAGAGAAUGAUAUUGAAUCAAACGAGAAACAAGAAGAGAAUGUUUCAGAAGCUAAAUCGUUGCGAAGCAGUGGUAAAAGAAAAAGAGGAGGAAGAAAGUAGAGUUUGAACUUGAAAGGUUGAAUUGUGAUUUCGAAGAAAAGGAAGAAACUAACAAGUUGUUGUAAUGGAGACAAACAUUUGGAUUGGGGUUUAUUUUUGUCUUGUAAUGGAGACAAACAUGGAAACGUUACUUACGGCUAAUA